UGUAUUCAAUAGACAACUGGACUACGAAAAUCUGCUGACUAUUGAACUUGGUCCAAAUUAUUAAAGGAAAAAGAAAAGACAUAUUAUUCUUUUCCAAUGUUAAACCGAAAUUCGGCUGUGGAAUACAGGGACCGGCUGUGAUUACUUUAAUGACUAUUCCCGUCAUAUGAAUUUUGUUGUUAUACACUUUGUACAAAAAGGUGUAAGAAAGGUAUAAAAGCAUUUGUCAACAUUCUCAAUUUUAUUACAUUCAAAAAUCAUGGAAAAACUUGAUAUCUGCGCAAAUGAAGCACAAAUUUCUUGCAUGAAGAGCGAUAAUGCUAUACCAACAGAGAACGCAACAAUUUAUCCUAUAUCACUACAAAAAUCUGAACAACUGGUAGAGAUUGAUGUUAAGGUUAUCAACGAAAAGACAAAUACAUCUCCUCCUGCAUCACUACAAAACUCUAAAGCUCCAGUUGAGAUUUUAGAAGAUCGUAAUGAAAAUUUUGAUAAAUGUGAAAUUGGUUUUGAGACUGAUAUCGAAAUAAUCACUCCCACAUUAUCAGAAGAAUCCAAAAAACUGGUUGAAAUUUCACAAGUUUAUAACGAAAUGGCUAAAAAAGGUGAUGUUGGUUUAGAGUUAAUCACAUCGGAAUCCAUAACAUCCCUUCCCACAUCAACACAAAAAUCUGAAGAAUUAGUUGCAAAUUUAGACAUUCGUCAUGAACAAACUGGUAGACAUGGAGUUGCUUUUGAGAUUAUCAUCGCUGAAGCCACAUCAGCUCGCAAUGUACGGAAAAAUUCGAUACAAUCUGAUAAGAAACUUUCCACGGCUGUAAUCAAUCAGAAAAUGUCUACUGUUGCAGAUCGACGCCGCUGCCAUAUUGAUGAAAUUCGCGCAAAGCUGCAGAUGCCACAUAUGAAUACAUCAUCACAAAAAUCUGAAGAAAUAGUUGAGAGCUUAGAGGUUCGUCAUGAACAAAGUGGAAAAAGUGGUACUAGUUUCGAGCUUGUCAUCGCUGAAGCCACAUCAGUUCCAAAUGUGCGGAAAUGUUCGAUACCAUCUGAUACUAAACUUUCCAAGGCUGUAACCAAUCAGAAAAUGUCUACUGUUGCAGAUCGACGCCGUUGCCAUAUUGAUGAAAUUCGCGCAAAGACGCAGAAGUUAAAUAAGAACACAUCAUCACAAGAAUCUCAAAAAUUAGUUGGGAACUUAGAGGUGCGUCAUGAACAAACGGGUAAAGAAGGAGUUGGUUUUGAGAUGAACAAAACUGAACCCAAAACGUCCCUUCCUACAUCAUCAAAAAAAUCUGAAGAAUUAGCUCAGAACGUAGAGGUUUGUCAUGAACAAACCGGUAAAAGUGGUGUGAGCUUUGAGAUUAUAAUUGCAGAAGCCACAUCAGUUCCAAAAGUACGGAAAAGUUCGAUACAAUCUGAUAAGAAACUUUCCACGGCUGUAAUCAAUCAGAAAAUGUCUACAGUUGCAGAUCGACGUCGUUGCCAUGUUGAUGAAAUUCGCGCAAAUACGCAGAAGUCAAACAUGAAUACAUCAUCACAAAAAUCUAAAGAAUCAGUUGAGAACUUAGAGAUUUGUCAUGAACAAACUGGUAGACAUGGAGUUGGUUUUGAGAUGAACACAACUGAACCCAAAACAUCCCUUCCUACAUCAUCACAAAAAUCUGAAGAAUCAGUUGAAAACUUAGAGGUGCGUCAUGAACAAACGGGUAAAGAUGGAGUUGGUUUUGAGAUUAUUAUCGCUGAAGCCACAUCAGUUCCAAAUGAGCGGAAAUAUUCGAUACCAUCUGACACUAAACUUUCUAAGGCUGUAAUCAAUCAGAAAAUGUCUACUGUUGCAGAUCGACGUCGUUGUCAUAUUGAAGAAGUUCGUGCUAAGACACUGAAGUCAAGUAGGCAUACAUCAUCACAAAAAUCUAAAGAAUCAGCCGAGAACUUAAAGGUUCGUCAUGAACAAACUGGUAGACAUGGAGUUGGUUUUAAGAUGAACACAACUGAACUCAAAACAUCCCUUCCUACAUCAUCACAAAAAUCUGAAGAAUCAGUUGAAAACUUAGAGGUGCGUCAUGAACAAACGGGUAAAGAUGGAAUUGGUUUUGAGAUUAUCGUCGCUGAAGCCGCAUCAGUUCCAAACGUACGAAAAAGUUUGUUACAAUCCGAUAAGAAACUUUCUAGGAUUUCAGCACUUAAUCAGAUAAAGACAGCCGUUAAUCUGGGUAAAGACAGACGUCGGAGCCAUAUUGAUGAAGUUCGUGCUAAGACACUGAAGUCAAGUAGGAAUACAUCUUCACAAAAAUCUAAAGAAUCAGUCGAGAACUUAGAGAUUCGUCAUAAACAAACUGGUAAACAUGCUGUUAGUUCUGAGAUGAACACAAUUGAAAACAAAACAUCCUUUCCUACAUCAUCACAAAAAUCUAAAGAAUCAGUUGAAAACUUAGAGGUACGUCAUGAACAAACAGGUAAAGAUGGAGUUGGUUUUGAGAUUAUCAUCGCUGAAGCCGCAUCAGUUCCAAACGUACGGAAAAGUUCGUUACAAUCCGAUAAAAAACUUUCUAAGAUUUCAGCACUUAAUCAGAUAAAGACAGCAGUUAAUCUGGGUAAAGACAGACGUCGGAACCAUACUGAUGAAGUUCGUGCUAAGGCACUGAAGUCAAGUAGGCAUACAUCAUCACAAAAAUCUAAAGAAUCAGUCGAGAACUUAAAGGUUCGUGAUGAACAAACUGGUAGACAUGCAGUUAGGUCUGAAAUGAACACAAUUGAAAACAAAACAUUCUUUCCUACAUCAUCACAAAAAUCUGAAGAAUCAGUUGAAAACUUAGAGGUGCGUCAUGAACAAACGGGUAAAGAUGGAGUUGGUUUUGAGAUUAUCAUCGCUGAAGCCACAUCAGUUCCAAAUGUGCGGAAAUGUUCGAUACCAUCUGAUACUAAACUUUCUACGCUUUCUGUAAUUAAUCAGAAAAUGUCAACUGCUGAGGAAAGACGCCGUUGUCAUAUUGAUGCAAUUCGCGCAAAGGCGCAAAAGUCUAACAUUAAAAUAAAAAAUGUUAUCCAACGUAAGAACGAAGGAAAGACAAAUUUACCUGUUUGCUCAUAUAAUAAUUCUACGAAGCGUGGGGCAAUAAUUCAACGUGGUUCCUCAAAAUUUAAACAAAAUGGUAAAGUGGUAAUUUCGAAUGAAACGUGUGUGUUUGGAGAUACUGUGAAAAAGUCAUCUUGCUCUCAGCAUCCAUCCGACAAGGUCGAAAAGAAAUCUUGUGACGGUAAAACUAAAACUGAUCGGCGCGGUAAAUAUGAAAUUAAGGACGGUGGAGAUACAGGAGCUCCUACAGAAAAUCUGAAGAGUGAGACACAAGACGAUAAAGGACGUCUUCUUUACUAAUAUUUGUAGUUCACUACUACAAAUAUUGAAUACACAACGACUUA